UGGAGCGUCGCAGCAGCCGAGAGCUCCGGGAAAGUUUCUUUGGAGGUCCGGCCAGGAGCAGCCAUGUCCCACGGCCCUAAGCAGUCCCCCGCGGCAGCCGCGCCAGCAGGUGGCAAGGCUCCGGGCCAGCACGGAGGCUUCAUGGUGGCCGUCAAGCAAGAGCGCAGCGAGGGCCCAAGGGUCGGAGAGAAGGGACCCCAUGAGGAGGAGCCGGUGAAGAAGCGCGGCUGGCCCAAGGGCAAGAAGCGAAAAAAGAUUCUGCCUAAUGGACCCAAGGCACCUGUCACAGGCUACGUGCGCUUCCUGAAUGAGCGGAGGGAACAGAUCCGCACGCGCCACCCUGAUCUACCUUUCCCUGAGAUCACCAAGAUGCUAGGUGCUGAGUGGAGCAAGCUGCAGCCGGCGGAUAAGCAGCGGUACCUAGACGAGGCCGAGCGUGAGAAGCAGCAGUACAUGAAGGAACUGCGGGCGUACCAGCAGUCGGAGGCGUACAAGAUGUGUGCCGAGAAGGUCCAGGAAAAGAAGAUCAAGAAAGAGGACCCAGGCUCAGGGCUCAUAAACACCCUGUUGAACGGACACAAGGGCGGGGACUGUGAGGGUUUCUCCACCUUUGACGUCCCCAUCUUCACUGAAGAAUUCUUGGACCAAAACAAAGCGCGGGAGGCGGAGCUACGGCGCCUGCGGAAGAUGAACGUGGCAUUCGAGGAGCAGAAUGCGGUUCUGCAGCGGCACACACAGAGCAUGAGCAGCGCACGGGAACGACUGGAGCAGGAGUUGGCGCUGGAGGAGCGGCGGACGCUUGCGCUGCAACAGCAGCUGCAGGCGGUGCGCCAGGCGCUCACAGCUAGCUUUGCCUCGCUGCCGGUUCCUGGCACAGGCGAGACACCCACACUCAGCACCCUGGACUUCUACAUGGCUCGGCUGCAUGAUGCCAUCGAGCGCGACCCUGCCCGGCACGAGAAGCUUAUCGUCCGCAUCAAGGAAAUCCUGGCCCAGGUCGCCAGCGAGCACCUGUGA